ACUGUCAAAAGUCAAUGUCAUUAUGUCAUUUUAAUUUUGUGACAGACGGAGUUCACAAUUCUGUGAUUUUGGUUACGCUUAAUUUUUGAUAAUUGAUGAUUUAUCUAAGUUUAUCGGCAUCGGUCCUAACCUUCGGCGAAAAGGUUUCAUAUAUUUCUAUUAAAAAUAUUGCUAUUCCAAGUUUUUAGUUUUAAGAUUAAGUGAAAUUGGAAGAAGUGUUCCGUCAGUUGUUCACUUCACAACAAUAACCUUUCGUCAUUGUGGAUAGGCUAAUUACGUAUAAUUAGUACACGAAAACAUCAUAACAGCGACAGUGAACGCGAUGGCUAAGGAGGAAGACGACGACAAUUUGCCCGACAAAGAUGCGGCUAAAGAAUUCUACGCGAGAUACGAACCGAAAGAAAUAAUAGGCAGGGGUAUAAGUUCAACAGUAAGAAGAUGUAUAGAGAAGGAGACAGGGCGGGAGUAUGCAGCCAAGAUCAUAGACUUGAGUCAGGAGUCCCAGGAUGGAGUAGACACGCAUACCAUGAGAGAUGCCACGCGGCAAGAGAUACACAUACUGCGGAUGGUUGCCGGACACCCUUAUAUUAGUGAUCGAGCUGCAGGACGUGUUUGAGUCAGAGACGUUCAUAUUCUUAGUGUUUGAGCUGUGCAAGAAUGGAGAGCUGUUUGACUACCUCACGUCCGUGGUCACGCUGUCCGAGAAGAAGACUAGAUAUAUUAUGAGACAAGUCCUCGAAGGCGUCCGGCACGUGCAUAGCAAGUGCAUCGUGCACAGAGAUCUGAAGCCUGAGAACAUCCUGCUGGAUGACCAGCUCAACGUCAAGAUCACCGACUUUGGCUUCGCUAAGGUGCUGAAGGAUGGGGAGAAAUUAUUUGAGCUUUGCGGUACUCCAGGCUACUUGGCCCCGGAGACACUGAAGGCGAAUAUGUUUGACGAUGCACCUGGCUACGGCAAGGAAGUUGAUAUAUGGGCGUGUGGAGUCAUCAUGUUUACAUUACUAGUUGGUUGUCCUCCGUUCUGGCAUCGCAAGCAGAUGGUGAUGCUACGGAACAUCAUGGAGGGAAAGUAUUCCUUCACCAGUCCCGAGUGGGCGGACAUCUCAGACGACCCAAAAGACCUUAUUAGGCGACUUCUGGUGGUGGAACCAAGCGAAAGGCUUGAUAUUAUCCAGGCGCUCAACCAUCCCUUCUUCAACACUAUGUUAUGGGAUCAAGACAUGAUGCCGCUCAAGAAAUCCUUGUCCAGCACCAGCCGUCGGAUGUCUAGGAUCGAGCAAUUGACUAUGGCUAUAAAGAGCAGCGGGUUCAACGCCCGCGCGAAGUUGCGCGUGGCAUUAGCGUGUGUCCGCGCGGCCGUGCGCCUGCGCCGCCUGCCGCACACCGCGGCGCGCGCGCUGCCGCUCGCCGACGCGCUGCGCGACCCCUACACCAUGCGCAUGCUCAGGAAGGUGAUAGACGGCUGCGCGUUCCGAGUAUACGGCCACUGGGUGAAGAAGGGCGAGGGUCAGAACCGAGCCGCCCUGUUCGAGAACACGCCUAAGACCGAACUGAAGAGUUUGUACGUCAGCAACCUCAGCCGAUAGCCGCCCCGACCGCUAUGUCGGGAGACAUCCUUGCCGUUGCUGCGAUCCUGGUAUAUUGAAGCACUUCACGUACCAGGGUAGCAGAAUAUUGGAAGACGUGUUCUUCAAACAAGCUGAAGCCACGUGCCAGCGAGUGACGUAGGUUAGUCGUAGUCACAGUAUGUAGUAUCGAACUACAUCGGUACACUAGUUUAAUUGUCUACCUGUAUUAUUGUAUGGCCAUCGACUACCGAUUCACGUAGUCAAUAGUGUAAAUUAUAAAUUACAUUUGGAAAUUAUAAUAGUACAAGAAUUUAAUGUAUAGCAAUAAUCGUUGCUGUGAUGACGAAUUAAUUAUUUCUUGUGUUAGACGUUAAUUUUUUCUCACUAUGUUAAGGUCCACAUUAGCAUUAAUUUAGUAUUAUUAAAGUCCUGUAUAAAUAUUGUAAUGAUCAAAUUAGUUCACGUUAUGUUUUUAAUAAAUGAUAAUAGACACUGAAUUUUUCAUAGACGAAACCAUACGAUGUAAUUCGUAUGAAAUAUAGCAAUAUUGUGUCCGUACGUUAUGUUCUAGCGACACAGAUGUUUAGUCUAUAAAAAUAUCACAAUAAGGUGCCUUCUGAGUUCUUGGUGCGAAAUUUUAUAUCGUUUAAUAUAUUUAAUUUGAAAGUGUGAACGUAACGAAUAGCUCAUAAUUAGUAUCCACGAGCGAGCGUUCUAUCGAUAACUUUAUGGGAUAUUUUUAUAUUGGAAAUUGACGAUAAGUUAGUUACAGCCUAUUUAUCGUCCCACUGCUGGGCACAGGCCUCCUCUCACACGGAGAAGGACGAUAAAAGACAUAGAAAAAUAUGAAAUUGACGAAUAGAUAAUUAUGACGAGAAUGAGUUUUAGUACUCCCAUUGAAAUAGGGGUGCGGUGUUUUUGACUCUGCAACGUCUAAGACUAGCAAAAGUUUUUAUGUAUUGUAAUUCAAUAAUUCAAUGACACACAUGUCCAAAUUAUAUGUAUUUGUAUUCAAAAUUCUAGUAAUUUCUUGUCUUUUAUACGAUAUUUUAUUCAUUUGAAUUAUUGCUUUCGACUCAGUAACUCUACAAUUAAUAUUAAGUCAUCAUUCGUUGUUUUAAACCGGCAAUAAAAAUCCAAUAUGUAUUUAAUUUACCUUUGGAUAUACAAAAUGGACGUUCGCAUCAAAAAACUCGAAAAUAAACUAGUUUUUUUUUUAUCUGUCUGACUUUUUUGUAUGUAUGUCCAAAUAGGAUUCUGCUUAUUAUCUCCGUGGAAGGAAUGUUGUAUUUAAAUUAUUACCUAUAUUAUAUAAUGUGUAUUUAUUUAUUUAUGUGUAUAAGUAAUAGUCAUUUUAUUUGUAUUUCUAUCAUACUUAGCCGCAAUACUUAUAAGAUCCGAUCACCAAAAAUAGUUUUGAUCUAUUUAUACUAUGUAAGUAACUAAAUGAUUGUAGCUAGAUAUUAGAAAUUAAAAAUAUAUAUUUUUUGUACUGAAAACCUUUUUCCGCAAGUAGAGUGAAAUAUUUAUUGAACUUUAAAAUGUAAAAAGUCUUUUUCUGCGUUUUUGAUUGUGCUUUUUCUCCACUAAGGAAAAUAAUUUCCUUUACACUUAUGAAAUAAAAUGUGGAAUUAGUAUGUUAUUCUGUGAUGAGUCGUAGUUCCACAGGUCUUCAUCAAAGACAGCUUCUCAAUUAGUUAUCACAAUACCUACAUGUUUUAUCCAUUUUAGAAGAAUAAAUUUAUUUAAAACUA